AUGGUUGAACUACGAAAGCGCAAGGCGCCAGCACAAGCCCCUGCGGCAGAGCGCAAGGCCAAAAAAGUUCAAGAAUCCACGGUAUCUCGAAAGCCGGAUUUCCCCAAGGCCAUCUCCGACGAUAAGGCUCCAAAAGUUGGCGACAAACUAGACUUGGACAACUUCGGUGGUGAUAUUGAGACUGACGAAGGGCAAAAAACCACGCUGAAAGAUCUCGUCGAUGCUAGUGAAGCUGGUGUCGUGCUGUUCACGUACCCUAGAGCUUCAACCCCAGGCUGUACCAAACAAGCCUGUUUGUUUCGUGACAAUUAUGACUCUAUCACGGAAAGUGGUUUAUCGGUUUACGGCCUUUCAGCGGACUCACCAAAGGCAAAUACUACGUUCAAGACUAAACAAAGGUUGCAAUACCCUCUUCUCUGCAAUCCCACCGCUACAUUGAUAGCAGCUCUUGGACUUAAAAAGUCGCCAAAAGGCACAAUUCGAGGAAUCUUUGCUAUUGAUAAAGAGGGCAAAAUUCUGAUACUACAGGCCGGAGGCCCCGAUGCGACGCUUGAUGCUGCACGUAAUCUAGCUGCAGGAUUGAAGAAACCGAGCUCUGGAGACGAAACCCGCCACGCGAGUCCACCAGCUAAGGAUGACUAG